UUUCAAGAUGGAGGAGGACUUCCCUACAGAAUAUGAUGCCAUUGUUCUUGGAACAGGUCUACCAGAGUCAGUAGUGGCUGCCGCUUUGGCAAGGGUUGGUCAGAAAGUUCUACAUUUAGACAGAAAUGAUUAUUAUUCAAGUCAAUGGACAACCUUCACUUUUGAUGGACUUCUAAAGUGGAUCGAAGAAAAUCAGACAACUGCACCACCUGAGGGUACAACUUCAAGCCCUGAAGAAAAUACAGACAGUUGUGAUAGACAAGCUUUUCCAAUUCCUCAUAAGAGUAAUACCAUCAGUAACUUAGUGACAAAGUCUUAUUUCAGAACAACGAGAAAACAAGAAGAAAAAGAAGAGACUAGUAAAACAGAAGUAGCAGAAGUCAAAGAAAAUGAACCAAACCGAAAUGAAAAAGAUAACCAAAGUACAGAUCAGCCAGAGCAAAGCGAGCAAACUUUGACUCGAGAUGGUGAGGGUGAGAGAGAAUCAGAAGAUGAGCAUAAUGAAGAGCAAGCACAAGCAAAGGCUGAAGAACAAGCUAAAGAGGCAGAGAGUGAUUCAAAGCCAACUGAUGCCCAACAAGAAACAGCUAUAGAUUCCAGUGAUGCCCAUUCAUCUGCUGAGGAUUCCAAAACACAAGAAAAUAUUUCGGACACUAACAGAGGAUCAUCAGCUGAAGAAGAUCUUACAGAAACAGAAGAAACAAUUGAAGAGAAUCAGCCUCCCCAAAUACCUGAGUUCUUUAGGCAACGGGCGGCUCCAAAACCUCCUGUCAAUAAAGAUAUGAUUUACGAAGACUUUGAACAAUAUUUUAGACAGUUUAAUAUCGAUCUUGCUCCAAAAAUGCUUUUCUCAAGAGGGCCAUUAGUUGAAGCCAUAAUAAGUGCCAACAUCAGUCAUUAUGCAGAGUUCAAGUCUGUUAACAAAAUUGUUACAUACCUGAAUGGGAGUAUUGAAGAUGUGCCCUGCUCAAGGUCAGAUGUUUUCAGUAGCAAGCUCAUUUCUGCCAUUGAGAAAAGGACCUUGAUGAAGUUUUUGACUUUCUGUAUCGAUUAUGAAAAUCAUGAAAAUGAGUACCACGAAUUUGUUGAUAAGCCAUACGUUGAGUUCCUAAUAUCAAGAAGGCUGACUCCAAAUCUCCAGCACUUCGUAUUACAUGCCAUUGCUAUGGCAACAACAAGAACAACGACAAUUCCUGGCUUGAAAGCCACCAAGGCAUUCCUUCAAUCUCUUGGCCGCUAUGGUAACUCACCUUUUAUCUGGCCUAUUUAUGGAAUUGGGGAGCUCCCUCAAGCUUUUUGCCGCAUGUGUGCAGUCUUUGGAGGCUUAUACUGUCUGAGGAAGAGUGCAGAAUGCGUCAUAGUUGACCCAAGUGACAAUACAUGUACUGGAAUAAUGUUAGACGGGCAACUGCUCAAAUGUAGAUGGCUUAUCAUAGAGCACUCAUAUUUACCAAAUACAUGGCAAAAGGAAACAACACAAUUUGUCUCCAGAGCUGUCUUUAUUACUGACAAGUCUCUAAAAGUAUCAGAUCAUGGAAAUGUUACAUUUUUAGCCAUGCCAAAACCAAACAAUGGUGGACAAAUAAAGGUUUACGAGUUGGAUAGCUCUACAGCAGCUUGUCCUAGAGGCCUUUAUGUAGUUCAUUUUGUGACAGAAAGUUGUGGUACUGCACAAGAAGACUUGCAAGAUACAGCUGAAAUGUUGCUGCAUUUUCCUACUAGUGAUGAUGAUCGAGAGAGCACCAAGCCUGUAGUACUAUGGUCCAUGUACUUCAACCAUGCUGCAUCCGAUCAAACUACUGUUCAAGAUACUUUACCUUCCAACAUAAAAAUGACCGUAAUGCCUGGUGCAAUGCUGGGGUUCCACCAAGCCAUGCAACAGGCAAAGACGAUAUUUCAAAGCAUCUGUGGUACCGAUGAAGAAUUCUUACCUGCAAUACCAAACCCAGAAGACAUCAUUAUGGAUGACGUAAAUGAACAACCAGGCAACAGCGUUGGCAUUGGUACUACUCCCAGUGAUGAAGAGGCUCAGGAUGGGGCUGGGGAUCCUGAUGGAAGCGACCACCCCCAUGAUGUACCUGAGAGUAGCACAGAUAAGGAUGUAAACAUCAGUGAUGCAAGUAAUGCACCGGAUAGUGAUGCAACUGAAGGGACUAGUGCAUAAUCAAUUUUGUGACACAUCAUGUGAGCUUUUUUUUUUUUUAACCCCUUAAGAGGGGUUCUGGUAGAAAAAGAUGAAAAUCGAGGUGUAGGUGUCAAUAUGAAGAAUUUUAUCUGGGGUAAACAAAAGCACACACAAUGGGAAGAUAUUGAGGACGAUGGCCAAUAAUCUAAUGAAAUUCAUGCUAUCUUUUUAAAUUAUACAAUAGACAUGUCAGUUGGCUAGUAGCCUGGUUUGGUUGUGAUCGUGGGGAGUGAGUGAAGAAGAAAAGAAGAGGUGAGAGAAAUGGGAAAAGAGGCCAGUUUGCAAGGCCUGGUGUAACCUAAGUUAUUAUGACCACCUCCCACAUGCCCAAAACUGACAAUUUUAUUUGCUGCAUGCAGUUAAUGAUCAAGGCAAAACAAAAUAUUGAUGUUUAAAAAAUCAUGAUCAAUAAAUUUAAUCAAAUCUUGUGAUUGAAAAACUUUGUUGCACGUUUAACAAUAAAGACAUUAAUUUUUUUUAAAGAUUUUUUGUGAUAAUGCAUUUGAAAGAAACAAGUUGAAUGGUAAAAUACUCUAUGAUGGCUUUCUCUCUGAGCCAAUCAAAAACGGUUAAAUGUUCAUCCAAUCACAAUGCCCGUUGAAAGCACAAAUAUUGUAACAUAAACUGAGGCACUGUGAUUGGAUAAAAUUAAUUUCUUUGCUUUUUGAUUGGUAAGGGGGCAAAAGCCAUUGCAAGGCAUCAGAAUGUACUCAAGAAAAUGUUUCUUUUGUCCUCUAGGCUUCAUCCACAAAUAAUACUUUAAUUCAUCAUUCAAUUUUACUACCACGUUGGCAGGUACUUGGAUAAGAGUCAUGCAGUAGUUUAAAAGCUUUGGACCUUUAUUUUCCUGUCAUCAAAAUAUUGUCCCUGGGUUCCGCCUUGUAAAUAUGGAAAAUUAUAAACAAAGUAUUAUCCUCUCAAGUUUGAUG